AUGAAGUGCGGCUUUCUCCUUUCUCUCCUCCUCGCCAUCACGGCAGAGGCCCGCUUCGGUCAGGAACAAGGCAAUGGCGCCAUCGCCGCCAUCGGGGCGUUGACAGACCUCGGGCAACCAGGCCAGGCCGCAACCCUAGCCGGCACUUCAAUCCAGUUUCUCCUCGCUGCCGCAAACCCUUGCGGCAAGCUCACCCAGGCCGAUCUCAUCCUCACCCAGCUGGGAACCAGCGAUGCCGCCGUCGCAGCUGCUCGGGGCCUGGUGGCGGCUGAGCAGAAUUUCAACCCUUUUGUUGUCAGCGUGCCCUCCAUCUGCUCGGAUCCCACGCUGCCCAAGUCGCCUGAGCUCCGCGGCGUGGUGCCCUUAGUCGACCCUGCAGUUGGCGGGUCGGACGUCGAAAACAAGAACGCGGAGGCAUCCAAGACGAAGCCCUUUGCGGCCGAUGGUCUUAGCGUUGCCCAGGUCAUGAUCAACAAUGGAUUCUCAAACUUUACAUCUGUAGCCGCAGAUGGUACCGUGGAGCAGGCCGCGGGAGGGUCGGGAGCCGGCUCAUCAUCCAGUGCACCCGCUGCUUCUGCUUCUGCUGCUCCUUCGGCUACCGUGGCGAACGGACAGGCGUGCAACAAUGCUCAAGCUGGGAGCUGUACUGGCAGCGGCAGCACCAUGGUGUGCUCGGCUCCCAAGAGCGGCUCCGGCGCCGUGAAGAACGCCGUGACCGGCAACUUUGAUGGCUUCGUGGCCUCGACCAUCGAGGGCCUUGACUUUGGUCUCUGCGUGCCCACCAUGAAGUUUGAGGCCGGGCUUAAUGGACGCUCAGACACAGAGUUUACCUUCCAGGCUGUUGAUCCCCUGGUCAACAAGGGCCAGCAGGAGGCGCUCAACCCCAACAUCAUCACCAACCGUAUUCACGACCAGUUAACCAACGUUUGUGGAGCGAAUGCGGCUGCAAAGGCAGCGGCUGCAGAUGCGCAGGCCAAAAUUGCGGCGCUGGGAACAAGGAAUGCUGACACAGCCAACACUUGGAAUGAGCUCCUUGGAUUUGCAGGUGCCAACAUCAAUCCCGACAAUGCUCCUCAGACGGGACUGAUCGGGCACACGUAGAGUCCGGCAACCUAUGGACUUGCCCUGAGUGUUGACGGUGGCGGGGAAAUUAUGUGACAAGUAUCAAGAUUUUGUUACAGAUAGAGAUACAAUAAAGUCUAUGCAAGGUGGAAAUUUGAUUCAUUAAUAACU